AUGAUGGAGGAUCAUGUGUGUCCAGCGACGUUGCAUUUGACGACGGAGCAGCUGCAGGAUCAGAUUCGACGUCUGACAUAUCGGCCACCCCCAGUUGUGGUGCGUGACCCGUUUCCGGUGUGUCCAUCCGUGUCACGGUCGAAGGAAGAGAUUGAUGCUGUUAUUCAGCGUGUCUUCUAUGAUUCCUGUCAGCGCCAUGAGCAGGCACUUCUUGAGGCAAAAGAAAGAGAGGAGAAGGAGUGGGGCUUUGUCUCGAAGGAGCUGACAAGCGAUGAGAUGGAUGAUGCGGUGAAGCGUCUGUACUACGAAGCCUUGGAAAGGCGGAAUGCGUCACGUAAAGAAGCAAAUGAGCGGUUUUUAUUUAAACCAAUGAAAACUCUUCCCAAGGUCCCUCUGAAAAAGUUCGUGGAAGACAUGUACCUGCAAGGGAUGAAGCGAGAGAAGGACAAAGAACAAAAGCUGUAUGAGAAGUACAUACUGCCGACGGAAAUCAGAAAAACGUACAUCUCAAGAGAAGAAGCGGAGGCAAGUGGUGCGCGGCUAUCGACCAGAAGAUAA